AGCAGCAGGGGCGCGCGGCGCGCGAGGCUGGGCUCGGAACGCGCGGAGCUGGGGAGCCCAAAGAGGGAGAGAACCUCAAGGGGGCCGCGCCGAGAUCGCAAGAGCAAACGAGCCUGCAAGCUGCAGGCCAGGGAAGCAGGAGCUACCGCCGCCGCCACCACCGGCCACCAAGAGCGGAGCUCUGGCCCGGAGGGCCAUGCGCCGCAGGGUCCUGGGAUCCCGGCCGCGGUCGGGGCAGCGCUCCUUGGGCGCCCCGGCCCGCGCGGCCGAAGCUGCGCGCCUGUAGCCCGAGGCUGCCAUGGGACCAAAGCCAUGAAUGGUGCCACCCCCGGCUCGGCCUCCGCCCCCGCCCCCGCCCCAGUCCCCGACUGGCGGCAGUUCUGCGAGCUUCAUGCCCAGGUGGCUGCUGUGGACUUCGCUCACAAAUUCUGCCGCUUCCUUCGGGACAACCCAACUUACGACACGCCUGACGCAGGGACCUCAUUCUCCCGCCACUUUGCAGCCAACUUCUUGGCAGUCUUCAGCGAAGAGGUGCGCCGCGUGCUGGGGACAGCAGCGGACACCAUGGAGCCCGAGCCUGCUGUGGCCUCAGUGACAUCGGCGCUCAAGGUUGCAACCUAUGGCCACUCACGCAGCUCAGAGGACGUGUCUGCCCACUCGGCUACCAAGGCCCGUGUCCGCAAGGGCUUCUCACUGCGUAACAUGAGCCUGUGCGUGGUGGACGGAGUACGUGACCUAUGGCACCGGCGCUCGUCUCCAGAGCCCGAUGCUGGGUCCACCCCCAAGGCUGCCGAGCCUUCCUCUGAACCUCGGGACAAGUGGACGCGACGUCUACGGCUGGCGCGGACGCUGGCAGCCAAGGUGGAGUUAGUGGACAUUCAGCGUGAGGGCGCGCUGCGCUUCAUGGUGGCAGACGACGCAGCCUCGGGUCCUGGGGGCACCGGGCAAUGGCAGAAGUGUCGCCUGCUCCUGCGAAGAGCUGUCGCUGGAGAACGCUUCCGCCUGGAGUUCUUCGUGCCACCCAAGGCUUCCAGACCCAAGGUCAGCAUCCCCCUGUCGGCCAUCAUCGAGGUCCGAACCACCAUGCCCCUGGAAAUGCCUGAGAAGGACAACACAUUUGUGCUCAAGGUGGAGAAUGGAGCGGAGUACAUUCUGGAGACAAUAGACUCGCUGCAGAAGCACUCGUGGGUGGCUGACAUCCAGGGCUGCGUGGAUCCUGGGGACAGCGAGGAAGACACAGGGCUGUCCUGUGCGCGGGGAGGCUGCCUGGCCAGCCGUGUGACCUCCUGCAGCUGUGAGCUCCUGACAGACACAGACAUGUCCCGGCCCCCAGAGAUGACGACGGCGACAGCCGUGGGUGCUGUGGUGACAGCCCCACACAGCCGAGUUCGUGACACCGUCGGAGAGUCCUUGGCCCAUGUCCCCCUGGAGACUUUCCUUCAAACCCUGGAGUCUUCAGGUGGCGGUGUCAGUGACAGCAAUAACACAGGGGACGAAGGAGCCGAGCUGGACACCGAUGCUGAGCCUGAGCUGGAACUCUCCGACUACCCCUGGUUUCAUGGGACGUUGUCCCGGGUGAAGGCCGCUCAGCUGGUGCUGGCCGGUGGGCCCCGAAGCCAUGGCCUCUUUGUGAUCCGCCAAAGCGAGACUCGGCCUGGGGAGUGUGUGCUGACCUUCAACUUCCAGGGCAAGGCCAAGCACCUCCGCCUGUCUCUGAACGGCCACGGCCAGUGCCAUGUCCAGCAUCUGUGGUUCCAGUCUGUGUUUGAUAUGCUCCGGCACUUCCACACCCACCCCAUACCCUUGGAGUCAGGAGGAUCCGCUGACAUCACCCUAAGAAGCUAUGUGCGAGCCCAGGGCCCACCUCCUGACCCGGUACCAGCUGCCAGCACUGCUGCGCCAGUCCCCUCCUGCUGGACAGAGCCAGCUGGCCAGCACUACUUCUCCAGCCUGGCCACUGCCACCUGCCCACCCACCUCACCCUCCAAUGGCGCUGGAGCAUCGUCAUCAUCCGGCUCAUCAUCCUCAGCCACGUCCAUGCCCCCUCGCCCGCCUGAGGGGCCACUCAGUGUGCGCAGCCGCAGCAACAGCGCAGAGCACUUGCUAGAGGCUUCCUCCUCCGGAGCCACCGAGGAGCCCACAGAAGCCACGCUGGGCCGCGCUCGCGCUGUGGAGAACCAGUACUCCUUUUACUAGCUGCCACGCCUAUUAUGCAUGGGCGCCACACACAUCACAGCAGGCCAAGAACACCUGUGGUCUCUCCUGCCCACCAACAGCCUAACUAGCCCAUGAUGGUCAGCAACACCUAACAAUGGCUGGACACAGUGCCCAAAACAGCUGGCCAGCUAGCCACUUCAGACCCCAGGGGCCCACUGUGACCAUCUAUGGCAGCCCAAAGCUACAUCCAUGGUCGAUCAAGCCCAUGACAGCCCUCCAAUAAUUUCAAGCCCCACCCACUGGUGGUUGGCCACGCCCAUCAGCAGCUAUUUCAAUAAGGUCCAUCAAAUCCGUGGCAGGCAGCUCACUGACGACUAGCCACAUUUGGUGACUUCAGGCCCUGGCCACUAAUGGUUGGUUACUCCCGCAGUCCUGCAG